GAGCGCCAUAGCUCCUCCCCGUAUUAACCAUAACAACAAGGAACGCGCUCUUUUCAUUGGCUGUUUGUAUCUCAUGAUGGUUAGCUAGCGUUGAACUAGCAAUGCUAUUCGUGGACCGUGCCGGAUACUUUCGUGACAACUAGGAUUAAAACUCAAAAUAGGGUUGGCUAAUAAAUUACUAACAGUUGACUGCUGUAAUCCUCACAGCAAGUGUUCAUGUGAAACACGGAAGUAUCCAGGUACAAAUCUUUGUUGAUUACCUUUAACGGUAGCUAGCAACAAUAUAUGCUAAUUUCUUCAAUUUGGCCAUCGCUUGCUAACUAGAUGACAAUAUUAGCUAGCAGCCUCGAGUCGUGGGGAGGAGUAAAAAGAGUAAUGUUGCCAAAUGAACUUGCCAAUGCUAGGUGUCAAGAAGAGGAAGCAUAGACUUAUUUACGAGCCAGCUAAAUGGGGUUAUCUUUUGUGGGCCUUUACGUUGGAUACUGAUUUCACAGGUAACGUUAACGUGUUAUUGCCGUUUUAUCAUGGCAAAGUAGCCUAUAAUUUUCAGAUGGCUAACGUUAGCUACCAGGUUAGGGUGUAUGUCACUGUGUGAGAGAGUAGCUAGGAAUCUCACUAGAGAGUUUGGCAAUGACAACAAGCAAAUGUGAAACCGUUUUCAAAUAGACACCUGUACUAAUUAUGUGAAGGGUGGCUUGCUAUACGAUAGUCCACUGUUGAAGGGGGACUUUGUGUAUAUUUGGUGGCGACAGCUUGUCAAUGAAUAGUAUCAGAAAAACACAGGCGAGCCUGACCUCAUCUCUAAAGUUUAAGAGCUAGACGUGACCUGAAAACAAAGUGUAAAGAGGGUGAUCAUGUCAUGUUACCUUGAGUAAAGCUCAGUGCUGUUUCCUGGAAAUGUGUUCAUUUAUUCUGACUAUGAGGGCAUUUUAUUCAUAAUUUUAUUUCCAACAGCAAUGUGAGCCAUUUUGGGAAAGAAUGCUGGGUCCUGGUGUUUGAUAUGGCUCAGAUUUUAUGCACCCACCAGGAGACCCAGAAUGGGACCGCUCAGGAAAUAGAGGGGCAGGGAGGUUUGGACAAGGCAGGAGGUAACCUUCUCUGUUCCCUAAUGUCUACACUGACAUUGUGAUUGUGAAUACAUAGUUUAUUGUUACUAUGUGUUCCGUUUCAGAAUAGGCACACUGUUGCGUGGUUUGAUCCAACUCUUCUUCAUCUUCCAGAUAAAACAGAGACAUCCCCUGUGAACGAGAACCCAGAACCCUUGACUUCUGAAGAUGAACAGGUAAGUGACUAAUAUUCUCAAUGAAAUAUUUUGUGGUAUGCUUAAGUCAAUAUAAUAAAAUAAAAGUUAUUCUAUUUUAUUAUUGACCAUUAUCUGAACCAUCUUAUUUCAGAAGAGACGAAAUGCUUUGUCAGAUUAUGACUUUCUUUCAAAGGACAAGCUUGAUGGUAUGGGCAAUGCUUUCUUUGUUACUGUUUUGAUAGUUAACACCAGAGCUAUGUAAUUAGAAAUAAAUUAAUAAGAGGACCAUGAUGUUUGUGUGGCAUUACAGUAACACUGUACUCCUGUCAUCUUCAGCUUCCUGGUCCCAGAGCUGCCCCUUCACCAAGUCUCUGCAGAAGGCGGAGGCCCUGCUGAGGACUCGCUUCAACCCCAGCCUGAGGUGGCUACUGAGGCAGAAGAGUGAUGAUGAUAUCUGGGAAUUUGAGAACCGGGAUACCUUUGUAGCGUGCCAGAACCUCACCUCUCAGUCGUCUAGCAGGCUGCAGCGGCUAGACCAGGGCAUGCUGGAUCUAAGUCCACAGUGCCAAGUGUUGCGGGGGCCACGGACAGGCCAGCUGCAGAGCUGUGUCAGGGGCCUCUCUACAGAGGGCAGUUUCUACCACCACCCUCCAGCUGCUACCCUCAGCCAGCACUAUGGGCAGCUGCAGCACUUACUGGAACAGCGGGCUCAGCUCCUCUUCCUCCAUGAGUAUGCCCGGCGCACCAGAGUCACCACUGUGUACAUUGACAAAACUGACUAGCCUGCUGGAGCGGGAGCUAGGUUUGUUGAUGGACAGGAGUCGUAUCCUGGAGCGACCAAACUCUGCCUGGAGCUUUGGGAUGGGAGGCCUGUGCCAGGAACUACGUAUCCACGUGAGCCAUUGGGAUGCUCUAUGUGCCAAAGCCCGGUCUGACAUCUGGCUGAGAACUGUUCUGUUCCAGAGGACAGAGACCCUUGCUGUCAUGCGGCGGACACUGAGAGUGCUGGGACUGCAGGCCCUGGUUCUGAUGGAACGUUGUAUCUAUACAGCCCUCUCCGCUCUGGCCUCAGCUCAGCUGGCCAGGGUGCCUAGAGAUGCCUUAGAGGACCUGCUGGCUGGGGCCGAGGUCUUUAAUCAGGUAUUGGAGGAGCAGAGAGUCUAUCAUAGAGGCUCGCGGUGGAGAACUCAGACCCUGCAGCUGUCUGACUGGCCUGGGCUGUCUAGGAGGCAGCCCACCCGGAGGGGUAGCCUUCCUGCACCGUUCCCAGUGGUUGAACUGAUGAGGAUACUGGCGGAGCACAGGGGGCAGAUCGCGGCAGAGCAGCUGUACCAAUGGGCUUCCCAACAGAGCUUCCUCCACUCCCAGGCCCUGCACACUGGAGCUCUAGCCCCUACGUGGGAGCAAUUAGAACUGUUUUUCCCGCUGCUUCCCCCUCUACACCCCUCAGAGCCCAGUCCUGAUGGGCCCACACUGGAGAACCUCCCAGGGCCCACCUCAGAUGAACCCAGGAUGGGAAAGCCCUGUCCCUGGUCCUCUGAUCUCCCCUUUACAGCCUUCAUCCGUCAGGACAGAAAGUCUCUAGAGAUUCUUUUCCAGGCCCUUGUAUCCUCCACAGACCUGCUGGCUCCACAUAUCCCCAACAGACCCAGGCCGGAGCGGACCAACACCCCAGAACACUCUCCCAGGUGCUGUGAGGGAAAGUCCUCACCCACAGAUGAGGCCAGGCAGCAGAUGAAGAGACCCAAGUCAGUCCAGUCUGUGGCCUGUGUGGAGCUCUUUGGUCAUUACAGGACAACGCUGUGGAGGGAGUUUGGCAAAGCCAUCAUCCAGCGCUUCCACCAGCCACCACAGAGAGACCGUCUGGGCAGUGUUAACCAGUGGAACGACCAGAUGAUUUUCCAGCUUGUGAUGUGGCUCAACCAUGGCUGUAGAGGAGGUAACAAAUGCUGCCUGUUUUUAAUCAGUUGAUGUGUGACUGUGUCACUAUUUCAAUAAAUAAAUAUUGAAUGCCUUGCAGAGCUCGUCCCUGAGGAGUGUCGAGGAGUGGUUGAUGACUUCAGCAAACAGCUCCUGUCCAACACUGCCUUUAGGCACUGGGAUGAGGGUCAGUUUCUGUGUUUAAAACAUCCUUAAUACAGUGUAAUUUGUACCAUGAUUUGACAACCAGCUGCAUCAAGUAGUUAUAGGAAUAUAACAACAUAAUGUUUUUGGUUUCUGUUAAGGUGUUGCCUCUAAUCCUUGUGCGUGUGUGUCUUUCUCUCUUGCAGUGAUGUGUGCAUCACUGGGCUCAGGACUGAAGGAUAAAUGCCUUCCAGGAGCUGAGCGUGAGAACUGCAUGGUGAUAACGUGUACCAUGGAGAGACUCCUGCAGCUGUCCCCUCCACUCCUCACAGUGCUGCAGUGUCUUCAAACUUCAGCCCACCUGGUCCAAGGUAACCCCUAUAUUACAUUUACAUGUCAUUAGUCAUUUCAGAGUUUAAGACGACUUACAGUUAGUGUAAUUUUGUAUAUGACCUGACAACCAACGCUGCAAACGCCAGUCUAUAACUGACUACAUCUGCGGUUUCUUUACGAGUGGAUUGUGCCCUGAUCUGUGUGGGGGCUGCCUGCAUGAGCUGAUGUGACAAUCUCUAGUGGCCAGUUUGAAGGAUCAGUGCCUUCCAGGAGCUGAGCGUAUAGAUUUGCAUGGUGACUACAGUCCACUGGAGAAACCCCAGCUGUCCCCCCAUGCUCACAGGUGAGUGUCCCAUAUUCAGCCCACCUGGUCCAAGGUAACCCCUAUAUCAGCCCACCUGGUCCAAGGUAACCCCUAUAUCAGCCCACCUGGUCCAAGGUAACCCCUAUAUCAGCCCACCUGGUCCAAGGUAAACCCCAUAUCAGCCCACUUGGUCCAAGGUAAACCCCUAUAUCAGCCCACUGGUCCAAGGUAAACCCCUAUAUCAGCCCACUGGUCCAAGGUAAACCCCUAUAUCAGCCCACCUGGUCCAAGGUAACCCCUAUAUCAGCCCACCUGGUCCAAUGUAACCCCUAUAUCAGCCCACCUGGUCCAAGGUAACCCCCAUAUCCAUAUAAUUGAAACUGCUUAUUCAUCUGGAAAUCACCUCCAAAUAUCCCUAGGUCAUUUUCUUUCUCUACCUCUUAAACAUUAUACCAGGCCACACGGUAGUAAUCUUGCUUUUUAUCCUUCAUCAGGUGACCGUAAUGCUCGGACUAUGAGGUCCCUUCAUCUGGGAUCGCUGAGCAGAGCGGUGGCAUCCGUCCGAUCCUCUACCUUCUGGGUCAUGAGAAAGGCCUACCAGUUCCUCUCCUCCUGGUCCCUCAACAAGUUCCUGCUCGUCACCCUAGGAGACCUCAAGGUGAGGAUUCACUCUGAUAUGCAUCCCAAAUGGCCCCCUAUUCCCUAUAUAGUGCACUACUUUGGACUAGAGCUCUGAUCAAAAGCAGUGCACUAUAUAGGGAAUAGGGUGUCGUUUGGGACACACCCUCUUCUAUUUCCCUAUUGAAUGUAUGUAGGCCUUGCUUCAGGUGGUCUCCAUCUUUCUUCUUGUCUUCAGUGACAAAUCCUUUGUUGACAUUUAGUGAUGCAACUACAUAAGUGUGUUCUGUGCUUUAAGGUGCUGAGAGCAUCAGUGGCGAGGCUACUGCAGCAUGUGGAGGCCCUAAGUGGGAAUGAAAAUCAUCAUCUCCUCAAGCUGCUGGCUGCACAGCUUACUCAGGGAGUUACAGAUCUACAGGUGAGGGACAAUAUAAUUGUUGAUCUCCUGACAAUUUCUAGACCAAUUUUCCACCUGUCAUCUCUUAUAACCGAUUUGAGUUUAUUACUCAAAUAAACUCAGUUCAUUCUAUUAUGUCUGCAUUGUUGAAGAUAUUCUCUGAACUGGUGCUCAGAAUCUUCUCCAUGGACUGUAAGAGGAUGUCUGAGGAGAUCUUUUUGCAGACCAUGCCCUCAGCAAAGCACUGGAGAGUGAACUAUAAAACAGGUAAAUGACAGACUGAUGGAACUGAAAUACCCUAUAUUCUAAACAUGAGAAACACGUCCACUAUUUGAGGUUUUUUCUGUUGCACUUUGUGUAUGGAGCCAAUGUAAUUGAUGCUUGUUUUUAACCUAGAUCUUAUUGUAUCUGCAGAGUUCCCCAGCAGCCCUAGUGAUUACGCUGCUACUGCAGCGCUGAGUGUAAUAGGACAGGUAUUGGAGGGGGUGCAGCCCCUGCCUGAGGAGGCCCGGAUCCCUGCCCUGACAGAGGCCAUGACAGCCUUCAUGGAGGCCUGGAUGGAGCACAUCCUCAAGCAGAAGAUCAAGUUCAGGUUUGUGUACAGUAUUUUAGAUGAGCAAAUACAACAGUGCUGAAUACCAUACAAAUACAAUUACUAGAACGGGCAUAGAACUUCUGACUGGGGAGACCCAUACUAGUGAUUCUAUUUCUGUGAUUCUACUGAUGAUCAUUACUGUUAUCUCCUAACAUGGCACUAGUAAGGGGAGUGAUAGACACACCCACUCACCAACUCUUCUGUUUCUCUCUCUCUCUGCAGUAUCCAGGGGGCUCUACAGCUGAAGCAAGACUUUGACCUGAUCCGGGACCUGAUACGCUCGGAGGAGUACAGCCUGUCAGAGGAGAUCCACCAGAGGCUGCUGUCCCUCCGGGUCUUCCACCAGGUGGACAAUGCCAUCCUGUGCCUGCUGCAGCAGCCCAUGGCCAAGCCCUACAUACCCUCGCGAGGCUGGGAGCCCUUCAGACGCUGCUGUAAGUGCCCACCAGGGGGAGUGCCUUGACCAUUGAUAACAUGACGUUUAGUUGAAUCCCACUAUAGUAAACUAACUCUAAGGUAAGGCCCGUAACCAUUGUGGAAUAAAACAUGAUUAAAAAGUAAGCCACACAGGCAGGUCAGACACAGGCAGGUCAGACAUACCACAACACUUGUAUUUGGCCUGUUUCUCCUGUUGACAAUCGUGAUUUCUACCCCUCAGGUCCAAGUAGUGCCAAUAUGGUGGACCAAUCGUCAAGCAGUCUGAAUAACUUUGAGAGCAUGGACCUCCAGUCUGCAUGUCAACAGGCCCUGGCCCAGGCAGAGGGCUCUAUGACCCCUGAACUGCUGGCCUCCACCCCGCAGGAGUCCUACCUGGCCGUGGCACAGCAGGAGUGGUUGGAUCUGCGCAUCCAAAAUGGAAACCGCUGGAAGCUCCCUGGGCUGCAGUGCCUGACCAGGUCAGAGCCCUAACCCUCAGGUAUUCCAUCCAGAACCUCAUUCCUCCUCCAG